GCGACGGGAGCUUCCCUGAGUGCAGAUACCGGUCAGUGGAGAUGUAGAAGCCGUUACUAGUUGUAGGCCUUGGGCCUGCCUCUGAGUCUCCACGAUGUUCUUCUACCUGAGCAAGAAAAUCGCCAUCCCUAACAACGUGAGGCUGAAGUGUAUAUCCUGGAACAAGGACCAAGGGUUUAUAGCAUGUGGAGGUGAAGAGGGAUUAUUGAAAGUUUUGAAAUUAGAGACACAAACAGAUGAUGCAAAAUUGAAGGGUCUUGCAGCUCCUAGUAACCUUUCUAUGAAUCAGACCCUGGAAGGUCACAGUGGUGCGGUUCAAGUUAUAACCUGGAAUGAGCAGUAUCAGAAGUUGACUACCAGUGAUCAGAAUGGGCUUAUCAUUGUUUGGAUGCUAUAUAAAGGCUCCUGGUAUGAGGAGAUGAUCAACAAUCGGAACAAGUCAGUGGUUCGAAGUAUGAGCUGGAAUUCCGACGGGCAGAAGAUCUGUAUCGUAUAUGAGGAUGGGGCUGUGAUCGUUGGCUCGGUGGAUGGGAACCGUAUUUGGGGAAAAGACCUGAAGGGUAUACAGUUGUGCCAUGUAGCAUGGUCUGCAGAUAGUAAAAUCUUACUUUUUGGAAUGGCGAAUGGGGAAAUACACAUUUAUGAUAAUCAAGGAAAUUUUAUAAUGAAAAUGAAGCUGAAUUGUUUGGUGAACGUCACUGGAGCCAUCAGCAUCGCAGGCAUUCAUUGGUAUCAUGGCACAGAAGGCUAUGUGGAACCUGACUGUCCUUGCCUGGCUAUUUGUUUUGACAAUGGAAGAUGCCAAAUAAUGAGACAUGAAAAUGACCAAAACCCAAUUUUGGUUGAUACGGGCAUGAACGUGGUCAGCAUCCAGUGGAACCACACUGGUAGUGUGUUAGCCGUGGCCGGCUCCCAGAGGGUCGUCACUCAGGAAAAAGAUAUCAACUCUGUGCAGUUUUAUACUCCCUUUGGUGAGCAUUUGGGUGCUUUGAAAGUUCCCGGGAAGCAGAUGACUGCACUGUCUUGGGAAGGAGGUGGACUGAAAAUUGCACUUGCUGUUGAUUCCUUCAUAUAUUUUGCAAAUAUUCGACCUGAUUAUAAGUUUGUGCUAGUUCUUUGUAAUUCUAUUGGCACACCCUUGGAUCCCAAAUACAUUGAUAUUGUACCGUUAUUUGUUGCAAUGACCAAAACCCAUGUGAUAGCAGCUUCAAAAGAAGCAUUUUACACCUGGCAAUACCGUGUGGCAAAGAAACUCACAGCACUGGAAAUUAAUCAGAUCACACGAUCUCGAAAAGAAGGGAGAGAAAGAAUUUAUCAUGUUGAUGAUAUUCCUUCUGGAUCAUUGGAUGGGGUGCUUGAUUAUAAAAAAGCCAUUCAAGGCACAAGAGAUCCAAUUUGUGCCAUAACUGCAUCUGAUAAGACAUUGAUUGUGGGUCGUGAAUCUGGAACCGUUCAGAGAUAUAGUCUUCCUAAUGUCGCUCUGAUUCAAAAGUAUUGCCUACAUUGUCGAGCCUACCAAUUGUCUCUGAAUUGCAACUCUAGUCGUCUUGCUAUCAUAGACAUCUCUGGAGUUCUCACUUUCUUCGACCUGGAUGUUCGGGUGACUGACAGUACAGGACAGCAAGUAACUGGAGAGCUGUUGAAAUUGGAGCGGAAAGACGUCUGGGAUAUGAAGUGGGCCAAGGAUAAUCCUGAUUUGUUUGCAAUGAUGGAGAAGACAAGGAUGUAUGUUUUCAGAAACUUGGAUCCUGAGGAACCCAUUCAGACUUCUGGAUAUAUUUGUAACUUUGAGGAUUUGGAAAUCAAAUCUGUUCUUUUGGAUGAGAUAUUGAAGAAUCCAGAACAUCCAAACAAGGAUUACAUAAUGAACUUCGAGGUUCGAUCUCUGCGAGACAGUCGAGCAUUAAUUGAGAAGGUUGGAAUUGAAGAUGCGUCUCAGUUCAUAGAGAACAAUCCACACCCCCGACUUUGGCGCCUGUUGGCUGAAGCAGCUCUUCAGAAGCUGGACUUGGACACUGCAGAGCAAGCAUUUGUGCGCUGCAGAGAUUACCAAGGCAUUAAGUUUGUGAAGCGCUUGGGCAAUCUGCAGAGCGAGUCAAUGAAGAAGGCUGAGGUUGUUACCUACUUUGGCAGGUUUGAAGAGGCUGAGAGAAUGUAUCUUGAAAUGGACAGAAGAGAUCUUGCUAUUGGCCUCCGGCUGAAGUUGGGGGAUUGGUUUAGAGUACUGCAACUCCUGAAAACUGGAUCUGGUGAUGCAGAUGACAGUCUCCUGGAACAAGCCCACAACGCCAUUGGAGACUACUUUGCUGACCGACAAAAGUGGUUGAAUGCUGUCCAGUAUUAUGUGCAAGGUCGGAACCAGGAACGCCUAGCAGAAUGUUACUAUAUGUUAGAAGAUUUGGAGGGAUUAGAGAAUCUUGCCAACUCACUUCCAGAAAACCACAAGUUGCUUCCAGAAAUAGCAGAAAUGUUUGAGAGAGUUGGAAUGUGUGAGCAAGCAGUGAAUGCAUUUCUGAAAUGUAAUCAACCAAAGUCAGCAGUGGAUAGCUGUGUGCAUCUCAACCAAUGGAACAAAGCUGUUGAAUUGGCUAAAAGUCAUAAUAUGAAAGAAAUUGGGUCCUUAUUGGCUAGGUAUGCCUCUCAUUUACUGGAAAAGAAUAAAACUCUUGAUGCCAUAGAACUCUAUCGGAAAGCCAGUUACUUUUUCGAUGCUGCUAAACUAAUGUUUAAGGUUGCAGAUGACGAGGCAAAGAAAAGGACUAAACCGCUGCGUGUUAAGAAGCUCUAUGUACUAUCAGCCUUACUCAUAGAGCAGUACCAUGAACAAAUGAAAAAUGCCCAACGGGGGAAAGUUCAAGGAAAGAAUUCACAGGCCACUUCUGCUUUGGCGGGUUUGAUGGAAGAGGAAGCCCAGUCCACAACCAGUCGUUUUACAGAUAAUGCAUGGCGAGGGGCGGAGGCUUACCACUUCUUUAUCCUUGCUCAGAGGCAGCUCUAUGAGGGAUAUGUUGAUACCGCCUUGAAGACAGCUCUUCACCUGAGAGACUAUGAGGAUAUCAUCCCUGCGGUAGAGAUUUACUCACUGUUAGCGCUCUGUGCCUGUGCCUGUAGAGCUUUUGGCACCUGUUCAAAAGCUUUUAUUAAACUUGAAUCUUUAGACAGUCUCACUGCAGAACAGAAACAGCAGUAUGAAGACCUUGCUCUAGAAAUCUUUACCAAACAUAUUCCAAAAGAUAACAGAAAAUCUGAAUUGAACAGCAUUCUUGAAGGUGGCGAAGGUAAACUCCCAACAUGUAUUGCCACAGGAAGCCCAAUCAUUGAAUAUCAGUUCUGGAUGUGUAAAGUCUGCAAACACUACGUUCUUGCUCAGGAAAUAACUAACUACAGCUUCUGUCCCUUAUGCCAUAGUCCAGUGGAUUAAAGAUGAACUAUAUGUAAUUGCAAAAUGUAUGUUGCUUUACCUGUGUCUCUAAUAAUGUUGAUUUCCAUGAGUUUUAUAUGAAAAUCAGUGCCAUCAUUUUAUACAAAAUACAUUUUGUGUAUUUUUAUACAGAAUAUAAAGAUAAGAACAAUGUUUGCACAAAAAUACAACUGUGAAAUGGAUGUGCACGUUAUUUGAUCUAUCAGUUAAUUAUUUAUGUACAUUGGCUACCAUGGAAAUACUACAAAUAAAAAUUUUUAUCACGAUGUCAAGGAAGUAAGUGAGGGUGGAGGAGGCAUGGGAGUGGGACUUUGAAUUUAGAGAGAAUGAAGCAACUAGCAUGUGAAGGGAGCUCCAUUUUAUCUAUACUUUAAGAAUUGGUUUUCCUAUGUGUUAUUUUCAGAAGUGAGAAAGCUUGGGCUCUGCUUAUGAAAUACGUUUCUAUAGAAAGAACCAUUUUAUUACAGUGCUGCUUGAAACAUUGUAACAGAAUGCAUCCUUCAUUAAUAAAGUGUCUUGCUCUGUG